GCCACUCAAGCGACGGGCGGAGGCCAGUGGACAAAUCCAACACCGCAGCACCCGCCCAAAGUCGCGCGACCUCCGGCGAGUUGCAUCUGAGGACGGACGGACAAGCAUCGAGCCUCGAGGUCGGCCACACUAGUCUAGGGCGCUCGCUCGACCGCGUCGAUCAGGGCUCGAAUCGAGCACGAGCGUCGGCGCGGCCCUCGGCUGGAGUCCUGCGAGCCUCGGGUAGAGACGAUAGACGAAGAAGAAGAAGAAGGAGAAGGAGAAGAAGGGAAGAAGGGGAAGAUGCAGAGGCUGAACUCGGUCCUCCGCCAGGGCCAAAAGGCCAUCGUGGAUCUCGGGCUGCUCACGGUCUUGCGGUCGGAGAUCGCCCACGAGCUCUCCUCCAAUCGCUUUCAGAAUGACCAAAUUGGUGAUCCUGGGGAUUUUGUGGUUGACUGGGAUGCACCAGAAUCUGAAGAUGUGCUUUUGAGGAGAAAAUGUGAAUCCGGCGAGGAAGUUGCCGUUUCGGCAUUGUUGGGUCCACAAGUCUACGGCCGAGAGGGCAUAUUUCCAAGGGAAGUUCUGAUGAAGAUCUGUGUCAAAAAGCCAGGCUUCAACUCCAUCUUACAGUUUGAUUGCGGUGUAUGCAGUGGUACUGACAGUGGGUCCGAAUUACACUUACACGGUGCCCACUAUCUCCCAUCACAUGCGUUAUUGCAUCGUUCGGUCUACAGAGGCCCCUUGUUCAGCACAUUGGACGAUAAUUUGCAGGAUAAACUCAAGGAGUACCUUGUCGCAAAGGGAAUUGGAAGAGGCCUUACCGACUUCCUUCUCUUAUACUUGCAUAGGAAGGAGCAAAACCAGUAUGUAAGCUGGUUGCAAAAACUCGAGAGCAUGUUGGCUACCGAAGUAUGACUUUAGGCAAUUGCUAGAACAUUUAUUCUGUCUUACAACUCUUUCACUAUUUUUUCUCAGCACACCCAGAAGUAUCUAGAAGAAAUAAACUUUCUAAAUCAAAUGGCGUAUGCUGGCCUUUUUUUUUUCCUGUUCUCUCUUGACCCUUAUCCCGCUGCUUUAUCAGUGAACUGAAGAGGAGUGUGCCAAUUUAUCUUUCGGCAUUAGAAAAGCUAAACAUCGACUAGUUAUCGAUAGCAUUUCUUACCUAGCAGUACUAGCUUGCAUUGAAACUGAAAUCUGGUUGAUGAGGAGCAUUGUGGAGAUGGGGUUCGCUGCAGCGGAAGUCAUUUGAUCACGACACCGGUCAUAGUGACCGGCUCUUAUGGCAGUGGCAACUAUACAGGCUAAAAAGUGAACAUGGGGAGAAAAGAGACAUUCCAGGAUGAAAAAGAUGAGGCGAUUCUCCCUCGUCUUAGCCCGAUAGCCAGUUCUAGAAUCGAAGAACCAUGAGUCACCGUUGAGGAAACUUUUUGAUAUUCUAAUCUAAUUGGCGAAAAGCAGUGUAAUUAGCUGGUAGGUGACCUUGCUUUAUGCAGUGAUCCCUGUUAAGCAGCUGGUUGAAAUGAACCGACGUGUUUGUUCAA